AUGGGUUUCUCGCGGAGGAUUCCUCUCUCUAUCAUCUGGCUUCUUCUCUGUGCCCUGUCGCUGAGGGCCGCCGCCGCCGCCAGGAAGGUCGUCACCGUUGACUCCUGUUACUGCUUUUUUCCUCUCUUGCUGGGAUCUGACUCUCUCUCUUUCUCUCUUCUCAAGUCCUACGUCGUGUACAUGGGGAGCCAUUCUCGCAGUGGGCAAGAAGCGUCCCUGGUCCGGACGGAGGAUGUGGCCGCGGCCCACCACAUCUUCCUGGGAUCAUUCUUGGGCAGGUGAGAUAUACACUCGCCGGCCACGUCGACAUCUUCUUCUUCCUUGGAGUCUAGCCGACCUCAGUCUCUGCAUUUUGCAGCGAGGAGGCGGCGCAGGGGGCGAUCUUCUACUCCUACUCGAGGUUCAUCAAUGGCUUCGCCGCUAUGCUCGAAGACGAGGAGGUCGCGGAGAUUUCGAGUGGGACACCGUUCUCUCUCUCUCUCUCUCUCUCUCUCUCUAUCUCUCUCCUUCUCCACCUUCCUCCGUCUUCCUCGUCGCCUCUCCAACUCUGAUCCUCUUCUUCCGCUGCCGCAGAGUCGCCGGCGGUCAGGGCGGUGUUCCCUAACGAGGGGCGGCAGCUACACACGACGCGCUCGUGGAACUUCCUCGGUCUGGAGAGCAGCGGCGGCGUGGUUCCGGAGGACUCCAUAUGGAAGAAGGCCAGGUUCGGGGAGGACACCAUCAUCGGAAACCUGGACACAGGUACUUUUUCCCCCAAUCUCUCUCUCUCUCUCUCGCUUUCCCUCUCCUCUGGUUCUCAUGGAGCUCCGCCGGCGGCAGGGGUGUGGCCGGAGUCCGCCAGCUUCGACGACAGCGGCUUGGGGCCCAUUCCGGCGAGGUGGAAGGGGGCCUGCGACCGCGGCGUCGACCAGAGCUUCUCCUGCAACAGGUGAAUUCGACCGUCCCUUCUCCUUGCGCUUUUCGUCUGUGGACGGGCCGCCCGCGAUGUGGAGGAGCCCACCGCCGUACUUGAGAGGGCCAAUAUCCCAAAAGUUCAACGCCCCUGAAAUUCUACCAUUUUCUCCUCGUUAAAUAGUUUAUUUACAGCGAUGACGAAGUCGAUGACAAUGAUGAUAAGGUCAACGGUAACGAUCUUUAUUUUGCUUAAUUAUCUGUUCACAAAUAAAACAAUAACAAUAGCUACCAUGAAGUUAUUGCUGCACUUGGAAAAAAAAUAUAGAACCCAGAACCGAUCGUUCUAGAUCCCGAUUGGACGGCCCGAGCGGAUGGAUGAACGGUCAGAUUUUGGUGGUCCAGGAAGCUGAUUGGGGCCAGAUACUUCAACAAGGGGUACGUGGCGGCCGUGGGGCCCAUCAACGCUAGUCUGAACAGUCCCAGGGACACUGAGGGGCAUGGGACUCACACCCUCUCCACCGCCGGCGGCAAUUUCGUGCCGGGGGUCAACGUCUUCGGCUUUGGCAACGGCACGGCCAAGGGCGGGGCGCCCAGAGCUCGGGUGGCGGCGUACAAGGUCUGCUGGAAAUCGGUAGCCGCCGGCAGCUGCUUCGACGCCGACACUCUCGCCGCCAUCGACGCCGCCAUCCACGACGGCGUCGACGUGCUCUCCAUCUCCCUCGGCGGGAACCCCAGCGACUACGCCGUCGACGCGCUGGCCAUCGGGUCGUUCCACGCCGUGAAGAAUGGAAUCACCGUCGCCUGCUCCGGCGGCAACUCCGGCCCGGCCUCGGGGUCAAUAUCAAACGUCGCCCCGUGGAUCUUCACCAUUGCCGCCAGCACCAUGGACCGGAAGUUCCCCUCCGCCGCCGUCCUCGGCAACAGGGCGGCACUCGAGGUCAAGCUCCUCCUUCCUUCCUUCCUUCCUUCCGUCAUCUUCCUCGGGGAGCUCACUAUGCCGCCGCGUUCUUCUCGCAGGGCGAGAGCCUCUCCGCGACAAGCCUCCCGGCGGGGAAGCUCUAUCCUCUGAUCAGCUCCACCGCCGCUCGGGCCGGAAACUCGAACCUCACCGCCGCGUAACGACGACCGCGCCCUCCCUCCCUCUCUUAAUCGUCGUCUUGGUGGUGUCCCGAUUGGGAGUGACGGAGGACUUUUGGAGUGGUUCUUGCAGGCAGCUCUGCUUCUUGGGUUCUCUGGAUCCGGAGAAGGUGAAGGGGAAGAUCGUGGCGUGCCUCCGGGGGAUCAACCCGAGGGUAGAGAAGGGGCAGGCGGUGCUCCUCGCCGGUGGCGCCGGAAUGAUCCUCGCGAACUCCGAAGCCCAAGGUAACGAAGUCAUCGGAGACGCCCACCUCCUCCCCGCCGUCCACCUCACUUAUCAGAAGGGCAUCGCUCUCUACAAGUACAUCAACUCAACAAGGUGAGCAGCUUACAACCGUAAUCCGUGCCUCUUUCGCGUCAGCCGACGCCCUCUGAUGAGGCUGGUUUGGCUGCAGCAAGCCCCUGGGCACCAUCACCGCGCCCGCAACCGCGACAAAUAUCAAGCCAUCGCCUUUCAUGGCUGCCUUCUCGUCUAAAGGCCCCAACACCAUCACCCCAGAGAUCCUGAAGGUUCUCCUCCGUUACCUAUCUCACUCCGUUCUCUCUCUCUCUCUCUCUCUCUCUCUCUCUCUCUCUCUCUCUCUCUCCCUCCCUCUCCCUCUCUCUAUCUGUCUAUGUAUCUAUAUAGAUAUAUAGAUGUACCGUAUACAUUCAGGUUUACGGACAUCAUUUCUCGAUACCUAUUGUUCGUGCUCUUGACGUUUGAGUGGGUGGCAGCCGGAUAUCACCGCACCCGGGGUCAGCGUCAUUGCUGCCUACAGCGAAGCUGCGGGUCCUACGGGCCUGGACUUCGACAAGCGGAGGGUACCGUACGUCACGAAUUCGGGAACGUCAAUGUCGUGCCCCCACAUCUCAGGAAUUGCCGCACUCCUCAAAACCCUGCACCCCGACUGGAGCCCGGCGGCGAUCAGGUCUGCCAUCAUGACCACCGGUGAGUGAGCUCCGAGUCGGCGCUGUAUGAAAGGUUGCCCAGUUUUUCAAAAACUGAUCUGGGUCUGCUGUCACUACUCGGCUGCAGCGACGACCGAAGAUAACCUGGGGAAGCCCAUACUCAACUCGUCGUUCUUGGCGGCCACCCCGUUCAGCUACGGCGCCGGGCACGUCCGUCCGAACCUCGCCAUGGAUCCGGGCCUUGUCUACGACCUGACGGUGGAGGACUACCUCCUGUUUCUCUGCGCCCUCGGGUACAACUCAAGUCAGGUCGCCAUGUUCUCCGAGGCGUCCUUCUCUUGCCCGAAGAGCCCCUCCAAGCUUCUGGACUUCAACUACCCCUCCAUCAGCGUCCCGCAGCUCUCCAACCAGACGACCGUCACCAGGAAGGUGACGAACGUCGGCCCACCAGGUAUAUACAGAGCCCGAGUGGUACCGCCGCCGGGAAUCUCCGUGAAGGUGAAUCCGGAGAGAAUCGCGUUCAAAAGUGUCGGCGAGGUGAAGGAGUUCAAGGUCACAAUGGAGGCCGAGAGAAGCGCGGCAGUCUUUGAAUACCUCUUCGGGAGGUUGACCUGGUCUGACGGGGUCCACAAUGUUGGAAGCCCCCUGGUGGUCUUGAUUCGGCCCAAGAACAGGUUAAAAACUUGA